UAUAAGCAUCUCUUCUCUCUCGUUCAUUCCCUCACCUGUUGUUUGAAUUUGAACCAAAUACGAUAAAUUUAUUUACACACAUCAUCACACUCUCUCUCACACAUUGGAAACCUCAAACAAAUCAAAACCACAACCUUGUUCCUUCCUCCAUCCGUUCACUCUUUUCAACAACCUUCAAUACAGGCCAAUCCAGACACCAAUCACCACCAACCACCUUCAUUAUUCUCUUCCUUCAACCAAAACAAAACAAAACUUAGCCUCCAAAUUUCAAAUCCAAGGGCCAUCCAUGGCCGCCGCCACCCCCACGAGCCAUCACAAGAGGGAGCCAUCGAACCUUCUAUUGGGUCGUUUCGAGAUUGGGAAACUCCUUGGACAUGGAACCUUCGCAAAGGUCUACUACGCGCGGAACCUCAAAACCGGCGAAGGCGUGGCCAUCAAGGUAAUCGACAAGGAGAAGAUUCUGAAGGGAGGUUUGGUGGCACAUAUAAAGCGCGAGAUCUCCAUCCUCCGCCGCGUGCGCCACCCCAACAUUGUCCAACUCUUCGAAGUAAUGGCCACCAAGAGCAAGAUCUAUUUCGUAAUGGAAUACGUUCGCGGGGGCGAGCUUUUCAACAAGGUCGCGAAAGGAAGGCUCAAAGAAGAGGUUGCCAGGAAGUACUUUCAGCAGUUAAUCUCCGCGGUGGGGUUCUGCCACGCCAGAGGGGUGUACCAUAGAGAUCUCAAACCUGAAAAUCUCUUGCUUGAUGAGAAUGGUAAUCUUAAGGUCUCGGAUUUCGGGUUGAGUGCGGUUUCUGAUCAAAUCCGACAGGAUGGGUUGUUCCACACUUUUUGUGGGACACCUGCGUAUGUUGCUCCCGAAGUCUUGGCGAGGAAAGGAUACGAUGGUGCCAAGGUGGAUCUCUGGUCUUGUGGGGUCGUGUUGUUUGUGUUGAUGGCGGGGUAUUUACCCUUCCACGACCAGAAUGUUAUGGCAAUGUAUAAGAAGAUUUACAGAGGGGAGUUUCGGUGUCCCAGGUGGUUUUCUCCUGAUUUGUCCAGGCUUCUCACAAGGCUUCUUGACACCAAGCCCGAAACCCGGAUUGCGAUUCCCGAUAUUAUGGAGAACAAGUGGUUCAAGAAAGGGUUCAAGCAGAUCAAGUUUUAUGUUGAGGAUGACAGGCUUUGCAAUGUGGAUGAUGACGUGCUUUUGGACAAUGAUGACGAUGUUGCUUCUGUUGCUUCUUUUUCGGAUUACUCGAUUUCGGAGUCUGAUUCCGAGGUUGAAGUUAGGAGAAAGAAUGCUCCUUUGCCUAGACCACCUAGUUUGAAUGCUUUCGACAUUAUAUCGUUUUCCCCUGGGUUUGAUCUCUCUGGGUUGUUUGAGGAGAAGGAAGAUGAAACCAGGUUCGUGACUGCUGCACCAGUUAACAGGAUUAUUUCCAAGUUGGAGGAGAUUGCUCAGUUGGUGAGGUUUACAGUGAGGAAGAAGGAUUGCAGGGUGAGUUUGGAGGGUACCCGAGAGGGGGUGAAAGGGCCUUUGACCAUUGCUGCUGAGAUUUUUGAGUUGACACCUAGUUUGGUUGUGGUGGAGGUGAAGAAAAAGGGAGGAGAUAGAGCUGAAUAUGAGAGGUUUUGUAACAAUGAAUUGAAGCCAGGACUGCAGAAUUUGAUGGUGGAGGAGUCUUCAACUUCUUCAGGAUUGUCUACACCUCAACCUUCCUUGCUACGUGGACUUUCUGAACCUGUUUCGGAUAUUUCUUCUGAAAUCGGAAGCCCAUGCUAUAUGCCUUCCGUUUAGUGAGGUAGAGAAGAGAAAAGGGUAAAACUAAAACCUUCUCUCCGUCUCUCACUUUCUCUUUUGCUUUAUUUAUUUUUUUAUAGAUGGUGUAUGAAAA